AUGGUGCAAUACCGCAGCACACGAGGCGGCGUUCGGGGUCUCAGCUUUGAGCAGGCUGUGCUUACUGGUCUGGCUUCAGACCGCGGACUCUUAGUGCCCGAAGCCGAUGAAUUUCCGACACUGCCGGCUGAUGCCCUUACGAAAUGGGCGAUGCUGUCGUACCAAGACCUGGCGGUUGAGGUCAUGAGUCUGUUUAUUGAUGAGAGCGAGAUCUCGCGCAUUGAGCUGCGCUUGCUCGUAAACAAAAGUUAUAACUCAAAUACAUUUCGCGCACGAGAUGUGGUGCCGGUGGUCAAAGUGAAUGACCAGAUGCUGGCACUUGAGCUAUUCCACGGUCCAACGUUCGCAUUCAAGGACAUAGCGUUGCAAUUCCUGGGCAAUCUAUUUGAGUUUUUUUUGAAUCGCAAGAACGAGACGUUGCCAGCUGAUGUUCCCAAGCACAAAAUCACGGUUGUCGGUGCAACUUCGGGUGAUACGGGCAGUUCGGCCAUCUACGGCUUACGUGGCAAGGAGAACGUCGAGGUUUUUAUUCUCUUUCCUGAGGGCUGCGUGAGUGCCAUUCAACAGCGUCAAAUGACAACAGUUCUGGAUCAUAAUAUUCACAAUGUGGCGAUCAAGGGAUCUUUUGACGAUUGCCAAGCUAUCGUCAAGGACCUCUUUGCCAACGCUGACUUCAAGGCUAAAUACAACUUAGGAGCCGUCAACUCGAUUAACUUUGCUCGUAUUCUUGCACAAAUCGUAUAUUAUGUCUGGGCCUACUUUCGCGCUCGGGAGCAGGGUGUGAGCGGCGAGGUUGCGUUUUCAGUUCCUACAGGUAACUUUGGUGACAUCCUUGCUGGUUUCUACGCCAAAAAGCUUGGUGUACCCAUUGGUAAACUGAUUGUAGCGACUAACGAAAAUGAUAUUCUCCACCGCUUCUUUUCUACGGGCAAGUACCACCGUCACGAUAUCCAGCAUACGAUUUCGCCGUCUAUGGACAUUUGUGUCUCGAGCAACUUUGAGCGAUACCUCUUCGCUCUUUCUGGUGAAAAUCAUGACAUUUUGCGAGGUUGGAUGCAGUGUUUCGAGCAGACUGGUAAGCUCAUGAUUUCGGGAAGUUUGUUUGCUAAGGCUCAAGACGAGAUGGCGUCGUAUACGAUUCUUCAGAAUGAAGUAUGCUCUACGAUUGCUGAGUACAAAAAAAUUAGCCAGUACUUAUUCGACCCUCACAGUGCAAUUGGUGCAGCGGCUGCCACACGCUAUCAUCGGGAGAAUCUUACUGACAAACCAAAUUCGGCUGUGGUGGUCGUAGGAACGGCUCAUUACGGAAAAUUUUUGCCGGUGGUGUCCAAAGCGCUUAACGUGGCUGAGACGGAGAUUCACCAACACCCAAUUUUAAAACAACUGGAAUCGCUCCCUACUCGACUAUCGGCUGCUACAAACUCAAGUGACGCUGUUGCAAAUUAUAUUCGCAAGACUAUCGCAAUGAAGAAAAAAAGCCAUGGCUGCUUCAACCUGUGGGCGACGGCUCCAACAGAGUGUAAGCUCGCCACAUUUGCCCUAGUUGCAGCGUCCGUUGCUGUUGCGAUUCUCGUGUCUCGGCGCUCAAAAUGA